AUGAAAAAGGUUUGGGCUUCUAAAUGGAAUGAAAGAGCAUAUAAAAACAGGAAUCAUGAUACAUUAUGCAUUGGUAUUUUAAUUCAAGAACAUAUUAGAGCUGAUUAUGCCUUUGUCACAUGCACAAAUCAUCCUGUGUCUCGUGACUCUUCACAGAUAUACACAGAGGAUGCAGCUUCUCGGGGAAUUGCUGGUGUAGGCUUUGAUGUUGUGCAAUACGGAUUAGCAUCUACUCCAGCAAUGUUCAAUAGUACACUGACAAAAAAUGAAGACUUUCUAUGUCCAGUUAAUGGAGCUAUCAUGAUAACAGCAAUCCAUCUAUUGGUGAAAUGAUGGAAUAUGAUGCGCCCUCCAAGCUAAUGGAGUCGGAUUCUUAUUUCUCAAAGAUUGUUGCUGAGUACUGGUCCAGCUGCAAGAGAUGAUCCAUGGGUUCUGACAGCUCUAGCAACCUCCUUCCAUGCCCUGUAGCCUCUCAAAGUUCCUGCAUCCAGGUUAUUCUCUUAGAAAGGAGAUUGUCAAAGGAGAAUUUAGUCAUGAGUUUCUUUUAAUAUUGUACAUGUUUUGUUUUCUAUAAUAAAUAUUAUGCAAUAUUAGCAAUGUGUUACAUUUACUUACCAUUG